GAAUUUUAAUAAGAAAAUUCAAAAAAAUGUAACAAAAUAAGAUUGGUAAACGCUCCUUUCUCUUCCUUCUUCUCUUCCUCUUCCUCUGUUUUCUGCCUUUCCUCAACUCAAUACAAAAGAAGAGAAACUGAGUUUUUUGCCUUAUAUGUGUGAAAUUGGAAGACAAUACUAUGAGUAGGCACUCAGUUGCAGGUGCUUCUCGCACUUCCUUCUUUCAAAUGAUCAAGAAUCCAUGCCUCAAUCCAUCUUCCUCUGACUCUGGAAAAGGGAGAAGUAAAUCGUCAAGUAAAAAGAUGUCUCAUGGGUUUCAGUUGGUGGAAGGAAAAUCCGGCCAUGAUAUGGAAGACUAUCAUGUCGCUGAGUAUCGUAAAAUCAAGAAUCACGAGCUUGGAUUAUUCGCUAUCUUUGAUGGUCAUCUUGGGGAUCGAGUUCCUAGUUAUUUGAAAGACAAACUUUUCCUCAACAUACUUGAAGAGUCCAAUUUCUGGAUUGACCCUAAAAUCGCAAUUAAGAAUGCAUAUAGAAACACUGAUAAGUUUAUAUUGGAGAAUUCAAUGCAAUUGGGUCCUGGUGGCUCUACUGCUGUUACUGCUAUUGUCAUUGAUGGCAAAGACUUAUGGGUCGCCAAUAUUGGUGAUUCUAGAGCUGUUGUCUGUGAGAGAGGCUGUGCCAAUCAGCUUACUGUGGACCAUGAACCGUACACAGAACGGAAAAGGAUUGAGAAGCAGGGUGGCUUCGUCACAACUCUUCCAGGAGAUGUGCCUAGGGUUAAUGGCCAACUUGCAGUUGCCCGAGCUUUUGGAGAUCAAAGUCUUAAAGCCCAUUUAAGUUCAGAGCCUGAUGUAAGACAUGUGCCCAUAGACUCAACUAUAGAGUUUGUUAUAUUGGCCAGUGAUGGUUUAUGGAAGCAGGUCAUGCAGAAUCAAGAGGCAGUUGAUUUGGUGAAACCCAUCAAGGAUCCACAAGCUGCUGCCAAGCGCUUAACGACUGAGGCAUUGGCAAGAAAGAGUAAGGAUGAUAUAUCAUGCAUUGUGAUCCGUUUUGGUUGAGUAUACUUAAAUAGCACAUUGCUAUUACCAAAGUGAAUGACCAUGGUUAGUGUCGUCCCUUUCAAUUAUGAGCUGGUUGGGUGUGUUUAAAGCUGGAAAUAGGGGACUAUAUGUGGGUCUCAGAGCUUUGAUUUGUGUAGUUUUUUUGUUAGAAAUUUUCAUGCUAGAGCAAAGUUGAGAUGGAAGUGAUGAAGCAUUUUAUAUUUGACCAAGGGAAGAGAUACCCUCAUUAAUCCAUGGCUGAUGGGCCAUCUCCUUACACAGGUGUGUCGAUAUAGAUGAUAACUGGGUUGGAGUGCAGAUAAUGGGGUUAAUUCUUUCAUUGGACAAAUUUUAGGGUUUAGAUUCUAAUUGUGUGUAUAGUUUGUGGGCAUAAUACGGUAUUAUUACUCUCUCUGUCUCUUGUAAUAUAUGUAGUGGUGGUUGUCUUGUCUUGUGGUUAUGCAUAGGCUGUGUCAUUAAGUGCUUGCUAGUUGCUACUUGGCUAGUGCAGUCUUGUUAUUUCACCUCUUGGGGUUUUAUAGUAACGCCAUUAAAUAAAAUGAUGCAUGCUUGCAUGGCAUUUGACUUA